GGGAAGGCUAGUGACAGCGCAGCGCUGAGUGGCUGACAGGCGCAUAUAUGACACAGAUUAGGGGCAUCAUGAUCUAGCAUCCCGGAUGCUUCCACCUGCACGUACUCAUUAGCCAGAGCCGGGCGACGUCUGCUUUCCGGCCAAGAUGCUUAAUUUAGGGGGAACGCGUUUUGUCGCCCUGCUUCUUACUUGGGCUGGGAUCCUACAGCUGCGACAUGUGUGCCGCUCAGAAUGGUGCUACAACGAUCUGAUUUCCCCACUUUAUUUUACAUCUUUUGAUGCUUCCUCAAGAUAUUCCAUUAUGUACACCUCUAAUUUUGCACGGUUAUAUGGCAGCAGUGGGUGGUCUCCAGCCCCUGGGGAUAAACUGCCCUGGCUUCAAAUAGAUUUAAAGCAGAAAUAUAAGAUCAUGGGAGUAGCUACUCAAGGGACCCACAAUUCUUACUAUGACUGGGUAACAAAGUAUGUUCUGCUGUAUGGGGACAGACCAGACAGCUGGAAGCCGUUUUUUCAGCAAGGAACUAACUGGACAUUCUUUGGCAAUGUCAAUUCAUCAGGGGUAAAAGAACAUCGCCUUUAUUACCCAGUAAAAGCUCGAUAUGUUCGCUUCGUCCCAGUGGCAUGGAACCCAAAGGGAAAGAUUGGCCUUCGUGUAGGUCUGUUUGGUUGCCCAUACCGGCAUGACGUUUUAUCCUUUGAUGGAGAUGACCUCUUUUCCUACAAGCUUAAAGGGAAGAUUAGUCGAACCUUAAAUGACAGCAUAUCUUUUAACUUCAAAACUUUGGAGAAAAAUGGGAUGCUAAUGCAUGCAGAAGGAUCGCAAGGAGAUUACAUCACGCUUGAGCUUCAAAAGGCCCGGUUAAUAUUCCAAAUGAGUUUGGGCAACAGUCCUAUACACCCAGUAGACAGCCACACAGUCGUAAAGCUAGGAAGCCUGCUAGAUGAUCAGCACUGGCAUUCUGUGUAUAUUGAACGGCAGGGCCGUGACCUUAAUAUAACUUUGGAUGGAGAAACUAUAAGAGUUAAAUGCAAGGGAGACUUUGACCAACUGGACCUGGAUACUGAGAUAUUUUUUGCUGGAAUCGUUUAUCAAGAAAAAAGCCUCUCCCAUAAGCAGAACUUUAGAGGAUGCCUGGAAAACAUUCUCUUCAAUGGCAUUAACAUUGCUGACCUGGCACGAAGGAAAAAAUCCUCAAUAGCCUUUGUGGGGAAAGUUAGAUUCUCCUGUAUUGAGAUGCCCUACGUCCCAGUGACUUUUUCUGGUAUCAACAACUACCUUCUGGUUCCGGGUGUCCCUGCAAGCCCGAAGAUGAUGGUGAGCUUUAAAUUUCGAACAUGGGACACAGUUGGACUUCUGCUUUACUCUAGUUUUACUGGUUCCUUGGGUUCUCUUGAAAUGGCAUUGAGCGAAGGUCAGAUUAAUGUGUCAAUUUCCCAGCCGGGCAUGAAGAAACUAGUAUUUGCUGCUGGAUACCGACUGAAUGAUGGUUUCUGGCAUUCAGUCUCAUUGGUGGCCAGAGAGAACUCUGCUGUUGUUAUCAUAGAUGAAGAUGAAGGUGCAGAGUUCAAGGUUAACUAUGAUUUUCAAGUGGGAACAGGAGACACCUACUACUUUGGGGGUUGCCCAAAACCCGCUGCAGGAUCUGGCUGCUACUCAAACCAGACGGCGUUCCAUGGGUGCAUGCAGAUGAUCAAUGUUGAUGGGCAGCCAGUGGAUUUACAUCGCAUGCAGCUGGGGUUAUUCGGGAGAUUCUCCGAGGUCAUGUUCAACGUUUGCGCCAUUGCUGAUAGAUGCAGACCGAAUCCAUGUGAGCAUGGAGGCCGUUGCUACCAGUCCUGGGAUGACUUCUUCUGCAUCUGUGACAUGACUGGGUACAAGGGAGAGACCUGCCACAAGUCCCUCUUCAAAGAAAACUGUGAUGCCUACAGGGUUAGUGGUAAAUAUUCGGGCAAUUACACUAUAGAUCCAGAUGGCAGUGGACCAAUGAAACCGUUCUAUGUUCACUGCGACAUAUCAGAGGAACGAGCGUGGACGAUUGUGCAUCAUGAUCGAUACUAUGCUACGAGAGUCACUGGCUCCAGCCCGGACCAGCCGUUCUUGGGAGAGGUGAAUUAUUGGAACGCAACUUGGGGAGAAGUGUCCGCACUCGCUAAUGGAUCUGAAUACUGCGAGCAGAGAAUUGAGUUUUCUUGCUACAGAUCUAGGCUCCUUAAUACUCCAAAUGGGCUGCCAUACAGUUUCUGGAUGGGGAGAAAUAAUGAAAGACACUUCUACUGGGGAGGUUCAAGCCCUGGAAUCCAGAGAUGUGGUUGCGGUAUUGACAAGUCCUGUGCCGAUCCAAAACUUUUCUGCAACUGUGAUGGGGAUUACACGCAGUGGAAAUAUGACAAAGGGCUGCUGAAGUUUCGUGACCAUCUACCAGUAACACGAGUAGUUGUGGGGGACACAAACAGGACCGGCUCUGAAGCCUGGUUUUCUGUGGGGCCAUUACGCUGCUAUGGAGACAGAAACACCUGGAACACAGUGACAUUUAUGAAAGGAGCAAGCCUUCUUUUUCCAACUUUCAAACCAGACACCAGCAUUGAUAUCUCCUUCUACUUCAAGACUACCGCCCGUUCUGGCACCUUCCUAGAAACAUCAGGAAACAGAUGUGGCUUUCCCUUGCGGCAUACAUGGGACUUGAGAUAUGAGACUUUUUGGAUGGAUAUGUGGUAUAGAUGCCGGAAUUUUAUUAGGAUCGAGUUGAACUCAACAACAGAACUAGCGUUCAUCUACGAUAUCGGCAAUGGUUUUGAAAAUGUUACUGUGAAGUCACCCUUUAAAUUCAAUGAUAAUGAAUGGCACCAGGUAAAGGCUGAGAUGAAUGUCAAGCUGGCCAGGCUCAAGGUGGACCUACUUCCAUGGUCAAUCCGCAAGUUUCCUCUUCAGACCUACCUCAACAUGACGUAUGAUCAGCCUCUCUAUGUAGGCACUGCAGAGCACAAAUUGAAACCGUUCCUUGGUUGCCUGCGCGCACUGCGAAUGAAUGGCGUGACUUUGGAUUUAGAGGGUAAAGCCAAUGAAACAUUAGGUUUGAGGACCAACUGCACUGGGUAUUGCGAGAAACCACGGUUGGAGUGCCAGAAUGGAGGCCGAUGUGUAGAACGAUACAGUCAUUACACUUGUGACUGUAAUGGGACUGGUUUUGAGGGACCAUUCUGUACUAGAGAUAUAGGGGCAUAUUUUGAAGCAGGCACAUGGGUUCGUCACAGCAUUUUGUCAGCAGCCAUGGUGGCUGCACAGGAGUUUGCCAAUGUCGCAUAUCUGCCUCUGUUUGUGAGCAACCUUACCCGUGAGGAGAUUUCCUUUAGUUUUAGAACCACAACCUCCCCUGCUGUUCUUCUCUAUGUCAGCUCUUUCUCCUCUGAUUACAUAGCUGUACUCGUCAGGCCUGAUGGAACGUUGCAACUAAAUUACAAGGUUGGUAUUACCCCUUAUGUCUACCAGCUGAACAAAAGGAACAUGACAGAUGGCAGACCCCACAGAGUCAAUAUCACCAGAGAAAACCUCACCCUUUAUACCCAGGUGGACUUUUACCCAUUAGAGAAGAAUCAGUUCUACCUGUGGGAGGAUCGGAAGUUCGAUACACCAAAAGCUCUUUAUCUAGGAAGGGUAGUAGAGAUUGGCAUCAUAGAUUCCGAAGUGCAGAAGUUUAACACACCAGGGUUUACAGGAUGUCUGGCAGAUGUGCGCUUUAACAAUAUUACCCCCGUUAGGGACAUUUUCAGACCAUCUAACUCAGCGGGCAUCAUCACAGUGAAAGGUUCCCUUGUGGAGUCCAACUGCGCAGCUAUGCCCAUGCAGAUUGUGCACAUCCCUUAUGAUAUGGACCCGUGGUACAUGGGUACAGUUUUCCCUCAUGUACACGAUGAUGGUUUAGCAGGGAUAAUUGCAUUUACUGUGAUCUUCCUGUUCCUCAUUGCCAUCGCUGCCCUUUUUCUGGUUUACCAUUACUUCCAUCGUUACAAAGGUUCCUACCUGACCAAUGAGCCAAAAGCCAUAGACGCUCCAAGCGCGUCAAAGCCUGGUUCUACACGGAAAGAACAACCCCUGCCACAAAUUGAGGAGGAAGAGCCAAAAGAAUAGCUGUCACACUAGCAGGACCAAGAAGCAGCAGCCAUCAGGUCAUGGGAAUGUUUGGAAAAUAUUGCUGGUUGCACAGUGAGCCCAAGAAACUGAAAAGGAUCAACAGUUUUCAAUUAAAAAAAGAAAAGGCAAAAAGGAGUAAAGUUAGGAUAACCUGAGACUAACACGUUCAUCUACUGCCACUCACUUUUCUUUUAAAAUAUGACAUUUUCUAUUUUUAGAAAUAGGACCAGAAUUUUACCCCCCUUUUUGCAGUUUUUGUCUUUGCAUCUUGAGCAGUAUCUAUGCUAUAUAUCUAUAUAUAAACUAUGCCAGAAGAUAGAAAAUAUAGAUCCAAGUAUCCAGGUCAGAAAUUCCACUUACCGCCCAAUUUUGGUCAAAUGACUCUUUAUGUUGACCUUGGCUACCAUUUAAAACCCAUAUGCCACCCAGGGAGACAAGUAGCUGCCUAGAAAUAAGUGAGGGAUAUUAUCCAUUAUGCACCGAUGGACAUAAAGAAUCCUGUUCCUGUGCAGCUUCUUAUUUUGUGAUGUAUCAUGACAAACAGUAGCCCCUACUAUAAAAUGGAAGACUAUUAGAAGUAACCAUGGCCAGUAUAAAAGUCUUUCACUGACAGCCUUGUACCCUUAUAUGGUCAUUGACCUUUUAAAAUUGAUAUUUUUAAUUGGUGUUCCCUUAAAAAUCUCUAAAUCAUUAAUAUAUAAAGUUGACUUCGAAAAGAUAUAUAUUUUUAACAAACAAGAUGUAAAAAGUAAUUUAAAAGGAGGAUAAUGGUCACUGCCUUUUACAUACAGUUUCCAGCAUCUGGUUGGUUGACAAGAGAAAGAAUCAGAAAAUUACAGUAUGCCAAGAAAACCAAUGGUGGCAUUGUCUGUCUCAGUUUUGUGAGACAUUUUAGCAUUUUGGGAGAAAACAGAAGAUGUAUGAAUAUAUAUGAUCUCAGUAUUUGCUUGAAUGGUGCAUUUUUAGCAUAAUCCUUUAUAUUGAACAAAAAAGGCUUAAAGUUGUCAGAGUGGUAUUGACUCCCAGAGUGUGUGUGUGUGUGUAAAUAUAUAUAUAUAUACACACACACACACAAAUAUAUAUUCUAUUUAGGAUGGCUAUAUAACUUGUGUUUAGAAUGAAAAUGCAUAGGUGAUUCACAAAACAAUAAAAACAAUGGUUGAAACUUCUUGA